AUGUCCGGUAAAGAGAAUAGAGAUUCGUCAACGAUGAUAUCAACAUGUAAUAGAUUGUGUUCCAUAUCUAGAAGGUCUGUUUCAACUCCAUUCAAUGGACAGAAUAAAAAGCCGGCAUCUUCUGGCGUACGGUUACCUUCACCCGCUCGUAGAUCGAUAACGAUACCCUUAAUACCAUCAACUCCGACGAGAUCUACAGCUACGCAGUUGAGAUCAUCUUUAGUCAAUCCUAACACAAUACUAAAAGAUGAACAAAAUGUACAGAAAACGACCAAAUGUAACAUUAAACCAGAGGCUGUGAUUAAAGAAAAGUUAGCUUUCACAAAACCGACAGUGAAAAAAAUUGAGUCAUCGCAGAAAACUAAUCCUGCUCAACCACUUAAACCACAACCAAUACUCACACUCAAAAACGGACAGAAUUCGUAUGCAGCUCCUUUGAAGAAAAACGUAAAUUCUUCUGCGACGAUAAACGGAAAGAUAAAAUCUGAGAAAGCUAAAUCUAUUGCAUCAACGAACACCACCGAUUCCUCUUCUUCAUCAACAGUUUCGUCGCAAGUUAGUUCUUCUGAUUCGAGAAUGGGCCUAACUGAAAAUAAUACGUCUGAUAAAAAAGGUAAAUGGUCGUUGGACAAUUUUGACAUCGGACGCCCUCUCGGUAAAGGAAAAUUCGGAAACGUAUACCUAGCCAGAGAGAAAACAUCACAAUUUAUCGUUGCUUUGAAAGUACUAUUUAAAUCUCAAAUCUUGAAAGCGGAUGUUGAACACCAACUCAGACGUGAAAUCGAGAUACAAUCCCACCUUAGGCACCCUAAUAUUUUACGAAUGUAUGGUUAUUUCCACGAUGAAGCCCGCGUGUAUUUAAUUUUGGAAUAUGCUCCGAAGCAGCUUUAUAAAGAACUACAAGCGCAGCCGAAUAAGCGAUUCACUGAAGAAAAAACUGCCGAAUUUAUGGCUCAGCUAGCUGAUGCUAUUCUCUACUGCCAUAAGAAAAAUGUGAUUCAUAGAGAUAUUAAACCCGAAAAUUUACUCCUGGGAAAGAAAGGAGAACUAAAGAUCGCUGAUUUUGGUUGGUCUGUGCAUACUCCCUCUUCGAGGCGAACGACACUUUGUGGAACCUUAGACUAUUUACCUCCUGAAAUGGUAACCGGAGCUGCUCACGAUAAAGCGGUAGAUAUUUGGAGUAUUGGAGUAUUUUGUUACGAAUGUUUGGUUGGAAAACCGCCGUUCGAAGCUCCUACUUACGAAGGAACAUACGAACGUAUUAAGAAAGUUUCAUACACGUUUCCUUCUUACAUCUCUGAAGGUGCUCGUGAUCUCAUAAAACAGUUGCUACAAUUCUCUCCAUCAGCUAGACUUUCGUUAGAAGGUGUCCUAAAUCACGAAUGGAUCAAAUUUCACGUCAGCGGUAAAAGUAAAUGAACUAUCUAGUUGAAAUUUUAAUCUGACUUAACUAUCGCUAGUGAUGAUCGAAUUUGUGUAUUCAUUUUCAAUCCCCUUAUCAAAUAAUUUCGUUUCGAUUAUGUUUUUAUUUAAUGUUUUAUGAGAUGUUUCGUGAUUUUUUUUUAAUUGAUCGAGUUAUCAUUUUUUCAAAAUGUAUUACGUUUUAGCGGUAUCCAUUUUACUCCUAUGAUAAAAAAAAUAAACCAUAAUUCUACGUUUUUUUACGAAUUUACUGAUGCAAAAAAUAAUCCUAUAAAAUAUAAUAUAAAAAUAACUAAGUAUAUUAAAUUAAUAGUACAUUGUCAUUUGUGCGCAUGACUUGCAUUUGGUCACUAGCUGAAGUCAUUUGUGAGAUGAAAUUUCCUCCUUAUACGAAUACAGUUUAACUAGCUUUGGAAAAAAUUGGCAACUGCAACACAUAAUUUUGCAUUGAAUGUUAUAAUAAAUAUUGUAGAAAAAUAAUUUCAUAUUUAAAUUAGUUAGACAUGAGCGAAAAAAACGAAUGAAUAAUUUUCAGCUCGUAGAUAAAUCGAAAUUACUUACGUUAUUGCCGUGAUUAACUAUGCAGGUACGGAUCAACCUUCCUAAGGCGCAUUUUUCCUUCGAGUCCUUUUCUACAACGGCUGCGAAACAAAAACAUUUAACAUUAUAAAGAAAUUCAGUCCACGUGUAUUUCUCAAAACACAUGGCGAAUUUUAAAAAAAAUAAAUGAAAUUACCUUCAGUUUUACAUUUCUUGAAAAGAGCUUCAGCUUUGGUCAUCAAGUCCUUAUUUUCUCCGAAUUUAGCUUUCGCUAAGCUCAUGGCACCUUCUUCGUUGACUUUUCCAUCUUUAAUCUGAAAUUCAAACGAUUUUAAAAUUUUAUUGACCAUUACCUCGAAUACUCAAUUCUUCAUGUUCAUAACAUAGGAAACAAGUCUUCUUCGCGUUACAUCUAUGUUAGUCUAUGCACUUAAUCUCAGGUUACGUUUACUUACUAAACCGACUUUGUUGUACACACAUUCCAAGAAACACUGAAAAAUUUUAAAGCAGGAAUUAUCAACACUGUUACUGAUGAUGAAUAAUAUUCUGGAUUUUUUACACUAAUAUAAUAUCGAUUUUUUUAAAUUUAAAUUAAUCGAAGGUAGAAUUAGAAUUGGUUUGCUUACUCUUUGUUUUUCAUUGGUAGGCAAUGCACCGGAAGAUAAAAGAGCCAUGAUUUCUGUAAAAAUGAAUUUUUAUACAUUAAUUGUUUUGUCAAAACAGAACAUUUAAGUAAAUAAUUAAAUGAAUAAGUAAGUAAAUACGAAAUAGGUAUAUCUUCUGUCAGUUGAAAGUUAUUCGAACCAUUUUGUAGCAUUUAAGUCGUUAAUUUCGAUGUGUUCUGUAAACUAAGUUAUCAUAAUCUAUUCGUUAGGAAUCAAUGUUUACAGCAUUUCCUUCAUUUUUUUACACCAAAAUUGCAUUUAUCGAUACAAUUAAUCGUGUUCUAAAAAAUCCUCCCCGCAUCUUCCAGAACAAUAUUAGGCGCAGUAGGAACGAAUCUCGUACCCACAAAAAAUUAUCAUGCCACAAAAGUGACUUUUUGAAGAAAAAAAUUACGAUGUAAUUAUGAAAGGAAAUGCUGUAAAUCGUCGACUUUGAAAAAUUGAAAAUUAGAGAAAAUUCAUCAAAAAAAAGUACCUGGUGUACCUUGGUUAGCAUUCAACUCUUUUUUGCAUUCAGUAGCAACGGCAUUGAAACGAUUAUGUAGAGAGUCAUUGGCCUAGGAAAAGAAGUGAGUUUAUAUUUCGUGUACUCAAAAAUAGUGAAAUAGGUACCUUACUAGUAGGUAGGCAACAAUUUAAAAAAUGUGUAUGUAUAAUUGAAAUAGUCCUACACAAUCCUACAUACCUUUAAAUUUUUAGGGAAUGUUAAAUUUCCAGUUUUAUUGUUUUUAGCAUCGAUGGUCGUGGCAACGGAUUUAGGAGUAGUAGAUGGAGCUGCCGAAGGUUUAGCUUGUUCAGCCUAUCGAAAGGAUAAAUUUUGAAAUUACUUAAUUAAUCAAAAAAUGAAAAUUCUUCGAUUUCAACUUACCUUGACGAUGAAGGCUGCGCAAAGUAAAAUAGUAACGCCCGUUAAAAAUUUCAUAUUGAAAAUUUUAAAAUCGCGCAAAAAAAAUCGUAAACCAGAAACACACUAUCGUAUGCAAAACUCACCGAAUAACGAGGUCUAGAUGCUUAUAUAUUAGCUAUUACAAUGAGCAACUGUUAAAA